AUGGAGUCCGGGGCACUCGCUAGGAUUAUUCAAGAAGGAAUUGCGGCGGGCCUACUUCAGGGCAAUAAAGGGACGACAAGAUUCAGUCCCAACACUCCAUUUACUCCCGAGAUAUUAACAUUCCCCUUGCCAGACAGAUUUAAGUAUCCUAGGAUCAAAGAAUAUGAUGGGACCACCGAUCCAAUCAAUCAUCUGAACAUAUACACGGACGUCAUGAAUCUGCAGGUUGCACCAGAUCAAGUGAUGUGCAAGGCCUUCCUGCAAACUUUGACGAAUGCUGCUAGGGAUUGGAAGACAGCAGCUUCCCUCACGCAACUUAGACAAGGGCAAAAUGAGACCCUACGUGACUUCGUGACCAGGUUAAACAAGGAAAGACUUCAGAUUCCCGACCUACACAUAACUGCAACAGUUUCUGCCCUCACAUAUGCCAUAAAGUGCGAGGCUUUCAAGAUGUCUUUAUCCAAAACUCCGCCGAAGACAGUCACCGAGCUUCUUACCCGAGUCGAGAAGUACAUAAAUAUGGAGGAAACACUGAACCCGAGAAAGGUUGGACCACCCCAUGACAGGGUCGAGCAUAAAAGACAGCAUGACCCGAACCCCCGUGAAGAACAACAUCGGAAAAAACAGAGGCAGGAGGUUCCCCCGACACCGUUCACGCGUUUAAACACGUCAAAGACCAAUUUAUUGAUGGAGAUCAAGGAUAUGAAGGAACUGAAAUGGCCUGUCAGAAUGAGGUCACCACCCGAAUCCAGGGACAUGAACAAGUACUGUGAGUUCCAUCGGGAUCAUGGGCAUACCACGGAGAACUGUAAGGCCCUGCAACGGGAGAUUGAAGCCCUUAUUAAAAGAGGACUCUUGAGUUCCUACGUCGGUAACGACAAGCGUCCGAGGAAUGAUCGUGGCAGGGAAAAAGACCCUGAGGGAAAAAGGGAUGGUCAACCCACUGCUGGAACCAUCAAUAUCAUCAUUGGAGGUAUUGCCUCGGGAGGAAACUCCAACAGUGGAAGAAAACAAUAUGCCCGACGAUAUGCCUUGGCAUUUGGAAUGCCCCAUGGAAAGCUGGAGGAUAUUACUUUUGGGACCGGAGACUUAGAAUGCGUAUCACUCCCACAUGAUGACGCCUUGGUAAUCUCAGCAAUUUUGGCCAAUUUCGAAGUAAAGAGGAUCUUGGUUGAUAACGGGAGUGCGGCCAAUAUACUUUCACAAGAAGCUUUUGCUAAAAUGGAAAUCUCGUCUCACCAGCUCAAAGCGGUUAAAACUCCUCUCCAGGGGUUUGGUGGAAGAGUCAUCACUCCAGAGGGUGUCGUCGAGCUUCCACUAACUUUGGGUUCUGGCUAG